UCCCCCCCACCAACGCCACCAAUCCGCCAUUCUCUCAUCCUCUGAAGCCCCUCUGCCUCCCCCCCCUCCCUCUGAUUCCACGUCCUUGAUUCCCUUCGUCGGAGCAUUGAAUUACUAUUUUUGUUAUUAUGGCUCAGAGAACUGAAAAGGAAGAAACCGAUUUUAAGGUCCCUGAAACCAUAAUCCCUUGCGUCAACAACUGCGGUGUUACCGGCAAUCCGGCCACCAAUAACAUGUGUCAGAAGUGCUUCAACGCCACCACCUCCGCCGCUGCGUCCUCCUCCUCGUCUUCCUCUUCCUCUGCCGCCGGCGUUUCAGCGCCUUCUAAAUUUGCCGAUGACAAGGCUUCUAGAUCUACCUUGUCUCGGUCUCCUAAGAGAUCCUAUCCUUCCGAUGAGCCUACGCAAACAACAGAUCGGGUGAAGACGGACGAGGUGGCGCCGUCUGAAGCGAAGCGGGUGGUGAAUCGGUGCUCCGGAUGCCGGAGGAAGGUCGGGUUGACGGGGUUCCGGUGCCGGUGCGGGGAGUUGUUCUGUGCUGAGCAUAGGUACUCCGAUCGUCAUGAUUGCAGCUACGACUACAAAGCCGCCGGACGUGAGGCGAUCGCAAGGGAGAAUCCGGUGGUCAAAGCCGCAAAGAUCGUGAAAGUUUGAAAACCGGUAAAGGAAAUUAAGUAUCUCCAAGGGAAUAUUGAACGAACACAACCAAGAUCCGUUUCUAAGCGAUCGAGUUCUGGUCCUCCAAUCUCUCUUGCUCAGAGAUUUAGAAAAUUGUUAGCAGAAAAAAAAAAGUUUGUACGUGUGUGGGACGGAGGAAUUGUAACCAAGAUGAAUUAAUUCUGUGAUCCUGUUUCCGAUGAAACUUCGAUUUUUUUUUCUAAAUGUUUUUAUUUUUUUCCUCCAUGGUUUGGAAAUGAUAAAUUAUUGCUAUUUACGAUA